CGCGAUCCCCUCUCCAUGGUAACCGGUAACAAGCGCCGCUUACUGAGGUUUUUGAAGACCUGUUCGUGCUGUGUGUGCGGCGCCGGUUCUCUUCAGGUGAAAUCCCCGUGAAAAGCAGCCGUUCCAAUGGGCGUGGCGCUGACGAGAGCGGCGCAGUGGACAAGCGCCGGUUCUGGAUCUGGCAAACUGGAAAUCACACCUCUGAAUGAAGCUCUGCUAAACGACACCAUGAAGUACGCGGAGGCCUUCAGCUCCCGGCAUCCAGAGGAGGCAGAGCUCGUCUUCAGAGAACCUCUGGAAUGGAAAACCAAUUUGGAGCCAUCGGCAUUUGGAUCUGGUUAUGAUAUUAGUGAUUCCACCGUGAAGUCUGAAGAUACAGACAAAGAUGGGAGCCCAUUGUUCAUCAUGUCUUCAUCAACAGUGAAAAUCAGGAACUUCAGACACUUAUCCCGAUUCCUGCAGAUUGCCAGGGAUAAAAAGCUGAAGGAAACACAGGCUUGUUUGGAAGCCAACAGAGACCCCUUAUCACGAAUCCUCGGCCCCGGCUUCGCUACAGUGGAAGGAGAAGACACCUCCAUGCUACGUCUGCUGGAUAAAAUGCGUCAGAACGAGGAUGAAGAGGCCGAAAUCAAGAUGAAAAUCUUUCUGCUGCUCCAGCAACUUGAUAUGCAGCUGCUGAACAGCUCUUUAAAACACAUUUCACAAGAAGUCCGCGUUUCUCCCACCGCAGUGAAGAAUGAGAUUAAUCUAAUCAGACGUUUCUGCAAAGAUGAAGAAAAAUCUGUACUGAAAUCAAUAGAAUACACCUCAGAUUAUGAAUUCUCCAAUGGUUGCCGAUCUCCUCCUUGGAGACAGGUCCAUGGUGAAAUCUGCUAUUUGGUGAUUACGCCUCACGACACUGAGCCUUUCUGUGUGACAUACAGCACAUCCGGAGUCUUCAUAAACGCGGGUAAAAUGAAAGAUAAGGAGGAAAUUAUCUACGACAGAAAAAGUGAGGUUUAUAAAGAUCUCAUAACGUUGCUGAAGGACAAGUCACCUCGGUUUGCUGAGAACAUCACCAAGCAGGAUUUUAUAUAUUUCGAAGACCCACCAGUGGCUCAAACUGUUCAACAUGUGGACGUAGUUGAAGCGCAGGAACCAAGCCAAAACCAUUGGUCUAAUGAGUAUCCAGAAAAGAAGGCACAGGAGAAGACAAGGAAUCCACUUGUAAAAAGCAAGACUAACAAGGCAAAAUUAGAGCCGUCUCUGAAAAGGAAGAACCGAACCCUUAAUGGUCACCAGGAAACCACAAUUAUAGGCGAGAGGACUGCAGACAAGAAGGAUUCAUCCAAAGAGUCGAAAACUGUUAAACCAACAAGCUCAGAAAGUAAGAAAAGGUCCUUCACUGUCACCCCUGGGCACAGAAGGCCAUCUGCCUUCAAAAGUAAAACUCCUGGAGCAAAAUCUGAAGAAUUUAGUGAAAGUUCUACUGAGAGUGAAGAAGACGAGGAGCAGCCUGAGCGACGUCAGGAGGGGAACACUGACCUACCCUCAGAGUAUUGGCAAAUCCAGAAAUUGGUCAAAUUUUUAAAGGGGGGUAACCAGACGGCUACUGUAAUUGCUCUCUGCUCAAUGAGAGAUGUCAAUCUCGCACAAGAAACAUGUCAGCUGGCUAUAAGAGACGUGGGGGGGCUUGAAGUUCUUAUUAAUCUGCUGGACACAGAAGAAAUCAAGUGUAAGAUUGGUUCUUUGAAGAUUUUAAAAGAAAUUAGCCACAAUUCACAAAUCAGAAGUGCUAUUGCUGAUCUUGGGGGACUUCAGACCAUGGUCAAAAUACUUGACUGUCAGGACAAGGAUCUAAAAUACUUGGCGGCAGAAACAAUUGCCAAUGUUGCAAAGUUCCGGCGAGCCAGAAGAACAGUGAGACAACAUGGCGGCAUUAAGAGACUGGUGGGCUUGCUGGACUGUGUUCCCAUGACAUCAACCAACCUGACUCCAGGACAAGAGAAGGACAUUGAGGUUGCUCGCUGUGGAGCAUUGGCGCUGUGGAGUUGUUCCAAGAGCACAAGGAAUAAGGAAGCAAUCCGUAGAGCAGGUGGCAUCCCGCUACUGGCAAGAUUGCUGAAAUCACCACAUUCAAACAUGCUGAUACCUGUGGUGGGCACCCUACAGGAAUGUGCUUCAGAGCCGAGUUACCGACUUGCAAUAAAAACAGAAAGGAUGAUCGAGGAUCUUGUAAAAAAUCUAAACAGUGAAAAUCAAGAGCUGCAAAUGCACUGUGCUAGUGCAAUAUUUAAGUGUGCCGAGGACGAAGAGACUCGAGAUCUGGUCCGGCAGUAUGGAGGACUGCAACCCUUAGCCAUGCUGCUCAGAAAGUCUGACAAUAAGGAACUCUUGGCGGCGGUGACAGGAGCCAUCUGGAAGUGUUCCAUCAGCCGGGAUAAUGUGACAAAGUUUCAGGAAUACAAAGUAAUAGAAACCCUGGUCACCUUCUUGGCUGACCAGCCAGAAGAGGUCCUUGUUAAUGUCGUAGGAGCACUGGGAGAAUGUGGCCAGGAGCCCGCCAAUAGGGCCAUCAUCCGUAAAUGUGGGGGCAUCAAUCCACUGGUCAAUUUACUAACCAGCACCAAUCAAGCAUUGCUGGUGAACGUUACCAAGGCUGUAGGAGCCUGCGCAUCGGAGCCCGAUAAUAUGGCGGUAAUUGACCGAUUAGAUGGAGUUCGUUUGCUGUGGUCGUUGCUUAAAAAUCCGCAUCCAGAUGUUCAGGCAAGUGCGGCGUGGGCCAUCUGUCCCUGCAUCGAGAAUGCAAAGGACGCUGGUGAAAUGGUUCGUUCAUUUGUUGGUGGUUUGGAACUUAUCGUGAACUUGUUGAAAUCCGAACACAUAGAAGUCCUGGCGAGCGUCUGCGCGGCCAUUACUAACAUAGCCAAAGACGAGGAGAAUUUGGCAGUCAUAACAGAUCAUGGAGUGGUUCCCUUGCUAUCAGCGCUGGCAAACACGACGGAUGAUAAACUAAGGCGCCACUUGGCCGAUGCAAUAUCAAGUUGCUGCAGGUGGGGGAACAAUAGAGUGGCAUUUGGAGAAGCUAACGCCGUGGCUCCUCUGGUACGGUACCUGAAAUCAAGUGACCCCGCAGUUCACCGUGCUACAGCUCAAGCUCUGUAUCAGCUCUCCGAGGACGCUAACAACUGCAUAAUGAUGCAUGAGCACGGAGUUGUUAAACUUCUCAUAGACAUGGUUGGCUCUGCUGAUGCCGUUCUCCAAGAAGCCGCCGCCGGUUGUAUCGCCAACAUACGUCGCCUCGCUCUGGCCAAUGAGAAAGCAAGAUAUGGCUAACCUUUAAAGAACAAAGAAUAUUUCUAUUUUCUACUCAACUUCACCAAGAAAUCCCUAGCUGGUUUUUGAGGACACAACCAAUCAAUUCAUACGGAUAUCACUGCAGCACCAUCUGUAAUAUUAGAUGUUCAUUCUUCCUACUGUACAACAUGCCUGUCUGUCCUGGCUAUAGGCAAAUGCCACUUUAUAAUAGAUUGGGUUGAAGUCAGGUCUAAUAUGUUGCCUGUGCUAAACUUGUAGAUAUG